AUGAAGGGCAAAAACGACGUUAUCCGCGAGUUCAACGAGCUCGUCAACAUGUCGGCAGCGGAACUAGAAAAGUGGCUCAAGUCCGGUGAUUCCCAGGCCGCGGGAUGGUCCAAGGAAGAUGACGGCGGCGGCGAAUCCGUCGGCCACGAUAGCGGGCGCAAGAUUGUUCAGAUUCUCAGAGACAAUCCGCAAAAGAGCCCAGACAAGUACACUGAUGACCAGAUUCAGCACAUGAGAAAGGUGGUUUCAUACUGCAAGCGGCAUUUGGCCCAGGAGAGCAAAAUCAACGACAACAAGUCCGUUGAAGAAGUCAAAAAAACAAAAUCAUAUGCGUCCCUGAAGAACUGGGGCCACGACCCCCUCAAGGAACGACAAGGUAAUGGCGAUGAGGAUGACAAUGAGGAUGCGGGCGAAGACGAAGAGGAAGAGGGAGACGAAGAGGAAGACGAAGAGGAAGAGGAAGAGCAAGUGGAAGAGGAAGAGGAAGAGGAAGUGGAAGACGAAGACGAAGAGGAAGACGAAGUGGAAGACGUCGGUACAAAGAGGGCUUCCAAGGACAACCAGGAUGGAGAGAACAAGAGACCAAGGACGCAAAAGUCGGCCCCCAAGAGCCAGAAAAACGGCCACAACGGCGCAACAAAAUCGGCAAACAAGCAAGAUACCACAGACGAUGCCGAGACUGAGCAAGACACCCAGGAAUCUGCCUCCGAUGAGGAUGGCCAGCAAAGUAAAAAGACUGAGAGGAGCAACAAGAACGGGUCUUCUGGUAAGAAAGGACCAAACAAGGGAGACACAGUAAGUUGGAACUGGGGCCAGGGCCAGCCAGAAGGCACGGUGAAGGACGUAAAGCACGAAAAGUAA